AUGUCGGCUCAUCGCACCACAAACGGCCCUCCGCAGACUCGACCUUUGGUUGCUCUGUUGGAUGGUCGGGACUGUACUGUGGAAAUGCCUCUUCUUAAGGAUGUGGCUACAGUGGCAUUCUGUGAUGCAUCUUCUACAGCCGAGAUACAC